AUGACUAGAAUCGCUGAGUUGGCAUCAAUUAUCUCGGAACAGACGAGAAACAUCGACCAGUAUUUGAAUUCCAAUGGCAUCCCAACUCCGUCGUUUGACCUCGAUAGAGCGUUGGAGCCCGAGUUCCCGGAACAAAUCAUCGCUGCUAGAGAUGUGGUCCUCGAUGCUAACAUGGAGCUCAGCGAGCUGCUUCUAGGCCCUAGGCAAACCUUUGUUGAAUAUCAGUACAACUACUUCGUUAGCAUGCGGGCGUUGUACCGAUAUAAAGUAGCUAGCGCUUUUCCCGUUGGAGAAGAGGCAACUUUCGCUGAAGUUGCAAAGAAUUGCAAGUGUAGCCAGGAUAACAUUGCUCGUAUCCUCCGACAUGCUAUCACGAAUCGAAUAUUUAAAGAGGUCAGGAAAGGUGUUAUUGCGCAUACAGCUACGUCGAGAAUUCUAGCCGAAGAUCCUUUAUUCCAAGAUUAUAUUGGCAUGAGAUGCGAAGAAAUGUGGCCUGCAGAAUUACACACACUGCCUGCAAUAAUGAAAUGGCCCGAUUCACAAGAUCCAGCGGAAACGGGAUUCUCUCUAGCAAAUAAUAGCCUAGAUACGAUGUAUAACAUAAUGGCGAAGGACCCGACAAGGGCAAAGCGCUUCUCUGGUGGGAUGGCCUUCCGCCUCACCGGCCCUACCUUGAAACUCAGUUUUCUCGUUGACCACGGGCCGUGGGGGAGUCUUCCUGCCGGAGGAACAGUCGUGGAUAUUGGAGGAUCUCACGGCCAGGCCGUGCUUGCCAUCGCGAAGAAAUUCCCAUCCCUCCAUUUCGUGGUACAGGAUCUUCCCUCAACAAUCGCUGCCCGUCGACCCAUUCCUGAAGGAUCCACCACCGCUGAUAUAUCCUUUUUGGCCCACGACUUCUUCACGCCACAACCAGUGGUGAAUGCCGAAGUUUAUCUCUUUCGCUGGAUCUUUCAUAACUGGCCUGAUAAAUAUUGUCUGCUUAUCUUGGAAAAUCUAGUGCCGGCGCUUAAGCCGGGGGCACGCAUUAUUAUCAACGAGAUAUGUUUGCCGGAACCUAACACCAUGUCUACCCGGCAGGAAAGGAGGCUUCGGAGUAUGGAUAUAGGCAUGUUGACGUUGCAAAACGCUCGGGAACGGAGUAGGGAUGAUUGGAUCAGCCUGUUUAAGCGCGCCGACGAGAGAUACAACUUCGUGGGUGUUACUGAACCUAAAGGGUCGGAUCUUGCUAUUAUAGAGUUUGCUUGGCAAGUGGAUAUAGAUUAG